AUGCCGGUGGAAUCCAUUCGAGCAACAACGAUGCUCUACGGGCAGCUUCCUACCUGUAGUCGGAAGGUAGCGGCGGAGAUAGUCUUGAAGCUAAUUGAAUUACUGAACUCCGUGGAGUGCCUAGCAUAUGAAAUUGCUAUUUCCUACCAGACCGUGCCAGUCGAGAAAUGGACGCUCUGGGUGCAGGUGCAGAAACGCAAAACAGCGGCCGAAGAUUGGGAAAUACAGACCCAGCAAACGCUGUCGUCCACAGUGGAGGAGGUUUUCCAAGGGAUGCAAAUAUACGAUGGGUCGCGACUCUUGACGCUGGUUGAGCCUCUGGAAAUCCACAAUAUCAUGGGGCGUCUCCAGGAAAGCGCAGACCAACUGCACUAUGAGACGCAGUUGAUCAUGUAUCUCGGUAUUCCAUUUCUGCCCUACUGUGACGGCCAACUGCAACAUGUCGAUGAGAGCCAUUGGACCCGUUUACGAUUGCUAUGUGACGAGGUCCUGCUACACGGGGCUGUAGAGCACCGAGAAACUCUAAAGAGAACUGUCAAAGGGCUCCAGGCAAGCCGACACUGGGGACAUAUUGAACCAAGACUGCUCGCCGCGAUAGCCGAAGCAGCCGGUCCUGACGGGCUUCUAGACUAG